AGUGGGAACUACAAACCCCAGCGCGCUCGGCUGCGGGAGAAGGUGACUGUGGCUGAGCCCCCUCAGAGGAGACCCUUGUGAGGAAGGAAAUCACAUGUCAUGCAGGGAGAAAACUGGUUUCUUCUUCCUCUGAUAAUGUUCCAGUUAGUGUUGCAGUUUAUGCUUUUCCAGUUUUAAGACCACGUAAAUUUGUCUGCCUCCUGUGAGCUGUGUUGCUGCCGUGCCUUGCCCAUGGGUUGGCCCGACUUCCAUGAGAGACGAGGAGGUUGACUCCUACAGUGAGAGCAGCACUCUUCUGGUCCAAAGGGAAGCUGAAUGCGAGCGUCAGCCCCCUUAAGGCAAAAGGGAGUUUUACAACACUCGCCUGCAGGGUGGGAACUAGCUGUAGUAACAAAUACAAGAGAUUGCUACAAUUUCUGAGUGAAGAUGAAUUUAGCAGAGAUUUGCGACAAUGCCAAAAAAGGAAGAGAAUAUGCACUCCUGGGGAAUUAUGACUCUUCUAUGGUGUAUUACCAGGGUGUCAUCCAACAAAUCCAGAGACAUUGCCAGUCAAUCAGAGAUCCAGCAAUUAAGGGCAAAUGGCAACAGGUCCGACAAGAAUUAGUUGAAGAAUAUGAACAAGUUAAGAGCAUUGUCAACACUUUAGAGAGUUUUAAAAUGGACAGACCUGCAGAUAUCCCUGUAUCCUGUCAAGAUGAGCCUUUUAGAGAUCCUGCUGUUUGGCCUCCUCCUGUUCCAGCUGAACACAGGAAUCCACCUCAGAUAAAACGUCCUAACAGAGAAGUAAAACCUUUGAGGAAGGAGUCCCCAGGGCUGCAGCCCCGCGGGCCGGCGGGCAGAGCACACGCGGUGUCCAAGGGCGAGAAGGCCGCAGCCAGCCGCGAGAGGGAAUCCAGAGCUAGAGGAAGAGAUGACAAGGGAAAGAAAAUAACCCAAGAAGUUGGUGAUGGGGAAAUUCCAAAAUUUGAUGGAGCAGGUUAUGAUAAAGACUUGGUCGAAGCUCUUGAAAGAGACAUUGUGUCAAGGAAUCCAAAUAUUCAUUGGGAUGACAUAGCAGAUUUGGAAGAAGCCAAGAAAUUGCUAAGAGAAGCUGUUGUUCUUCCGAUGUGGAUGCCUGAUUUUUUCAAAGGGAUCAGAAGACCUUGGAAGGGCGUGCUGAUGGUUGGUCCUCCUGGCACUGGCAAAACAAUGCUAGCAAAAGCUGUUGCUACAGAAUGUGGAACAACAUUCUUCAAUGUGUCUUCCUCUACCCUGACAUCUAAAUACAGGGGCGAGUCUGAGAAGCUGGUCCGCCUCUUGUUUGAAAUGGCAAGGUUUUAUGCUCCAACAACAAUCUUCAUUGAUGAGAUAGAUUCCAUCUGCAGCCGCAGAGGCACGUCCGACGAACACGAGGCGAGUCGCAGAGUCAAGUCAGAGCUGCUUGUGCAAAUGGACGGGGUAGGUGGUACUCUGGAAAAUGAUGACCCUUCCAAGAUGGUUAUGGUGUUAGCAGCUACAAAUUUUCCCUGGGAUAUCGAUGAAGCUCUCCGACGGAGACUGGAGAAGAGGAUUUAUAUACCUUUGCCCACAGCAAAAGGCAGAGCAGAAUUACUUAAGAUUAAUCUUCGGGAAGUAGAACUGGAUCCUGAUAUCAGCCUUGAAGAAAUUGCUGAGAAGAUUGAAGGCUACUCUGGUGCUGACAUCACUAACGUUUGCAGGGAUGCUUCUUUAAUGGCAAUGAGACGACGUAUUAACGGCUUAACUCCAGAAGAGAUUCGUGCACUUUCUAAAGAGGAGCUUCAAAUGCCUGUUACCAAGGGGGACUUUGAGCUGGCUCUGAAGAAAAUCUCCAAAUCUGUUUCAGCUGCAGACCUAGAGAAGUACGAAAAAUGGAUGGUGGAGUUUGGAUCUGCUUAAUCUCAGUGACAGCUCUCCUUUGCUAGAAUUUUAUGGCUUUUGUUGUUUUCACUUGCAAAAUGAGUUAGAAAUCUUUUUAAAGGUUUAAUAAAAGGUCUGCCUCUGCCCCAAUCCCACCCCCUUCUUGGUGACAAGAUCUUUUAAACUUAAUUUGCCUUUAAAAGAAAUGAACACAAUAUUGAGCUGCUAUUAUAAAAGAUGUUUUAUCUCUGAAAUUGUAAAAUGCGACAAACAGGAAGGGAAAAUUAUACUUGUGAGGGUCAUCUUAUUUUUUGUCCAAUGAAGAGCAGUGUUACUUAACCUCCUUAUAGUCACCUUCCAUGGCUGGAAUCAAUAAAUCAGCUGGAAGAUGUGACUCCAGAGGAGCUAAUAAGGGCUCACUGUACCCUCUCCUCUUCAGUGCUUCUUUUCUGUUGAGCUGCUAACUCUGCCUCCCUUGAACAUGGCAUUGAAGUUACUGUCCUCUCUCUCUGGUUGGAUAUUCAGAGAAAAGCCUGUGGAUUAAUUGGCAUUACACAGAGGAAAUGAGGAUCAGUCUUCCAGCAAGACAUGGGCUUGGCUCUCUUCUCAUGUACACCCAUUUGGAAUCGAUAUCACUUCAGGCUGGAUUGAUGUCACCUGUGGUGAAUUCUGAUGGAAAUGACAGGAAAUGAAAAGGGCCUCACUUAGGUUCAGUCCAGUUUAUGCUUGGUCUCUGAAUAUGGUUUGUACCACUUUGACUGGUAGACACUUUGAAGUUUCACCAGUAGGCACUUUGACUUAAGUUACGUUUUGCACUUUUAUGCUUAUGAAUCAUCCUAUACUUUGUGCUGUUUAGAUAUUAUUGCUAUUACUAUUUUAAAGUACUGAGAAUUUAAUACAGUCAAGACACUACUAUCAAGGCUGUCUUUCAAACACAUGGCUGUCCUUAAAACACGUGGCUGUGGACAUCCACUUCUUCUGAUUAGACAUGAACUCUUUCCUAACUUUACUAGGCAAUGGAAUUUGCAUCUGUUUAUGUUGUAGAACUGUUCAUGCUUUUUUUAAAAAAAAAUUUAAAUUUCUUAAAAAAUUAUAAAUUAUUUAGGGGAAAAUAAUCUGUACAAUCUCAUUUAUGUACUUACCUGAUUCUUCCCUUCCCAUGUACAAAUACAGGGAUGAGAAGGGUUGAGUUAUAAUCUCUAGCAUGAGACAUCUUCUCUCUGGAGUAUAACUGUCAUGCUGACUCAUGGACUUGGCCUGCAAGUCUGACAUAUGAAGGUUUGCCAUGGUAGGAAUAAGAAGAAGAGGCUAAAUUUACAGAGGAAUAUGCAUGCUCUCUGACUUUUGUUAGUCUGUGAGCUAGGCCUGAAGUAUCUUGGUGGAUGUGAAUUGCUGUGUGGUUCAAUAGGUAUUCUAUCCUUCAGCUCUCUGCUGAGAAUCCUAGUGGCAUAGCUGGAUGUGGAAGGCUGGAGUAUGAAAAAGAUAAUACCUCCUUUGCAUGGAAAUGUAUCCUUAUUUGCUCCUUUUUGCUAGUUCUUGAAAUAUCCCAAUAGUGUCAGCAAUUCAGCACAUGGGUCCUUGGGCCAUGGCAUGUGAACCACUGAGGCAAAUGCUGCUGAAGCAUGUCUGCUGUUCAGUAGCAGGGGCUGUCAGGACACAUGCAGGACAGCUUUGCAGCGUCGGUCUGAUUACGUGAGCCAUUUGUAAAGCUCUUUUGCUGUUGCUGUUUUGUCUGUCCGUAUUCCUUUUUCUGUCUUUCUCUGUGAAGACCACAUCUUGGGUUGAUGCUGUCAUUUUAAAGGGCUGUCCCAAUUUACAUGGAGGAACACCAUGGAGAUUCUGUCAGUCUUGCGCUUGACAUGGAACUCAAUGGUGGCUUAAGAAGCGUGUUUCUGUGUGGCACUCCAUAAAGUGCCUUCUAGGGCUCUGAGACUGGUUGAGGUACAGCUGCUGUUGUAAUCUUUUGAAGGACAGAGCAUCUCCACUGGAUAGCAUGAGGCCCUGUUACACUCCUGGACAGGCAGGUUACUGCAGGAAGAACAUCAGCUUUUACCCCUUUACCUGUAGGAAGAUUAAAAGCUCCAGCUGCUCCUUUCCUGACCAGUUUGCACUAACUGCACAGUAGAGCCCUUGUGGGAUUCACUAUACCUGCAGCUGUCAGACUAAAAGGAACAGUUUUCUCUGCACUGGAAGAUGAGCGAGUAGAAGAGGGGUUGACUCUUUAUAAUUUUGGCUGAAUUCCUACCAGGGUUAGUCUCUUCCUCCAAGGGAAUAACUGGACUUCAUAGAGAGAAGGCUUUGAAAACAUCUUUGCAGUCUGUCAUUUCUUCCUUAUGAAAGCUGUAGGCUGCAGCCCUUACUCUUUUGUUUGUUUGUCUUACUUCAGCAGAAAUCGGUAAAUCUUGUGGCUAAUGCCAGAUUAGCACUUCAGGGUCUCUCACUAGAGAGGACAUUGCUGCCUGAGGAACUUAGGCUACAGAAGCACGAUCUAGAAGGGAAUAGAUGUGAAUGCCAAUACCUUACCCUGUUCAUCCACCCAAGAGCCCUGCUGGGAUUCAGCAGUUGCUGCUUAGAAGGGUCUAAUUUCCAGUUUCCUCAGUUUCAUAGUGCAAGCACCACUGGCCUUCCUGCUGACGAAGGCAGAGCAUUUAGCAAAAAUGUCUUUCCUUAGCUUUUUAAUGAACCUUCUACCUUAAGGCAUUAAACUUUCCCCUUGCAUGUUAAUCACAGUUCACUGUACCAGAUAUUCUCGCUAGUAGGAAUUAUUUAAGACCUGUGGUCUUUUUCUCUAAAAGUCAUAAUUUCUACCCAAAAUAUGUUUUUCUUGUACAGAACCAUUCAUCCUUUACUGCUGCAGAACAGAAAAGUGAACAUUUCUAGGCUGUAGAUGUUUGUAUGUACAAUGGUUGUUCCCAAGCAUUACACCUGUGACUUGAGCCCAGCUAGAUUGGGCACCUUGCAAGACAGAGACCACCCCAGCUGAGACUUCUCAGGGUAGGGAUCUGGAGCCGUAUGCUGACCCGUACAUCUUUACCAGAUCAUGCUGGCAGUCAACAAGGUGUGCUUGGAGAUUGGGUUAUUAAUUCAAGCAGGGAGCCAGCAAGAUGGAGCAAGGAGCAACCAGGGAAGCAAGGUCAGGCCAACACUGGCAGCAACUCAGUGCCCUAAGGAUCAGCUUACAGACCAGCAUAAGUCCAGUUCCUCUCCCACUGGUGGAAGCCCUUGUGUAGGGAUGUUGGAUUCCUCAGAGAGCCACAUCUGAGCAUAUCACAGCCUGCUGCAACAGUGUGCUCUCUCUGUGUCUGUAUGUGGAUGAAAGUACGUGUGCACACGUCUGUGUAGAUAUACGCACAUAAGGUGUGGUGCUUCAGGAGUUUGUACCUAAACUACAUAAAAAACAUGUUUUAAA